CUAGAUGAACUGCUUGCAAGAUUAUGAAGCAUGUGUGUCCGUGGUUCAAAUUACUUACAAGUAAUUCGAAAACAGCAACGUAAUAAAAUCAGACCAAAUACAAACUCCAAAAGAAGAGAAGAGUAUUAUAUUAACGGUCAUUCCGAAAGCUGUCUAAUAACUAUUAUUACCGCUGUAAAAGUAAAACGACUAUAAUGUCUAACGCGCAGGAACUGUUUCCUGUUAUAUAAUUGAUGUUUUAAUAAUACUAAGUUCACAAUAUGUUGCAGCUCGAUUGGACAGUCUCGAGUUUAAUGAAUUUGCUUUGUGCUUUUUAAAAUAUGAUGUCACUUCAAAACGUUCCCUCAGCUGGUAUUUGCUUUCGCUAGUUAAUGUUUAAAUGCCAGCCAAUAGGGUGAUGGGGGGUUUUCGUCGAACCAAUGGAAAGACUGGAUUGCGAAACACAACUGUGGGGUACAGGGUGUCGGGGAGAACGCUAUCCCGUGCAGAGCCAUCUGACCCACAGAGCCAGAUCCGCCUGCCAAUCUUUCACUGGCGUCUCCGACCCGCAGAUGGAUGGGUCUGUUAGCGUUGCCAAAAAUCCGUUCUGUACUUUCAGACAAAUAACUCGAAAUUGAUCUCAAUUAAGAGAGCACGGUUCCCGACGACUGAACGCCGGUCUUCAUUCUUUUCCUAUUCCGUUCCCCACUGUUUUUUUUCGUACACCAAACUCUGGCUAACCGCACUUCUUCUCAGUAGAGAAGCGCUGGUAGCGGACGGGGAGUAAGGAUGGAGCCGACCCCGAGCAGCAGUCCCAGCGACCCCAGCCAGCCCCCCCAAGCCGCCCAGCACGAACCCAUCAGCUUCGGCAUUGACCAGAUACUGAGUGGUUCUGACCCAGAGAGUUCUCAGCAGAACGGCACCAAGAACAAUUCGGAUACCGGCGGCAGUUACCACCUGGGAAGCCCUACCGGAGCCAGCACGGCACCGUACACAGCGCUCGCCGCUUCUUAUCACGGCAUUACUGCAUCUUUGGAAGACUCCGGCUCUUACAGCGUGAACCUAACUCUCGCCCCCGGUGGUGUAAUCCGUGUCCCGGCACACAGACCGAUGGCCGCUGCGGUUCCACCGCCUAUGGCCAGUGCGGUUCCUGGUUUCGGCAGCCUCAGUUUUCCGUGGAUGGAGAGCAGUCAUAGAUUCGCCAAGGAGAAGUUUGCAGCGGCCCUCACCCCGUUCUCCGUGUCACGGAGGAUCGGCCACCCAUAUCAGAAUCGCACGCCACCCAAGCGCAAGAAGCCGCGCACCUCCUUCUCCCGCGUGCAGAUCUGUGAGCUGGAGAAGCGCUUCCACCGGCAGAAGUACCUGGCCAGCGCAGAGCGGGCCGCUUUGGCCAAGACGCUCAAGAUGACGGACGCCCAGGUCAAAACCUGGUUCCAGAACCGCAGGACCAAGUGGAGGCGACAGACGGCGGAAGAGCGGGAGGCGGAGCGCCAGCAGGCCAAUCGCCUGAUGAUUCAGCUGCAGCAUGAUGCCUUCCAGAAGUCCCUCAGCGACUCCAUACCCCCUGACCCACUCUGUAUUCACAACUCCUCCCUCUUUGCCCUCCAGAACUUGCAGCCCUGGGCCGCUGAAGAGGGGAGCAAGCUGGGAGGCGUUACAGCCCUGGUAUGAGAGCAGGGUCGCGAAUCACAUGCACUGGUAAACACUUGGCCUGAUUUUUUUUUUUGCCAUUGUGGAUGGAUGGAUCAACUGACAACAGACUUGACUCCUCAUCCCCCUUCCUUUAUGUUAACCCCCCCUGCAAUCAUGUUCAGUUCCAAAGUGGGGCAGAGGCUAAAAGAUCAAAAACAAUGAACUGAAAAAUGUAUUGUUUCAAAGCACAACAUUUGCACAAAUUGCUUCCCUUUCCUCCACCCCCAGAAUCAAAGGUGAAGCAGGACUUGGGGGAAGCAUCCCUGUCUUCAGCAGUCAGGACAGUCCUGCCUGAGGGUGAGAGUAGGACCGCAGUGUCAGUGGGAUUGUUUUUUCGUUUUUUUUUUUUUUGACUAUGAGGAAGUUCACAUGACUACGAACCUCCCCAAAAAACAGCCAAUAAAACAAAGGUCAGUGGCCAAAUGGGGCAUUCCGGAAUCCUGCACAGACGGUCCUUCUGUUUCUUUCAGAACUUCAGUGUCUGCAGGGCACAUCCUACCAUCAUAUUGUUCAUUCCGUGGGGUGACGCUCUACUGAAGGUGUGUAGUUGGCAUUAAAUGUAUCAGAAGGAAGACAGUGACAAUAAUGUUUACAUACUGUACUUGUGAGAAAAGUUUUGUCUUGUUCAUUGACAGGAAAAAUAUCCAUUCUACAAAAUCAUGUACUAUACUUUGUAUUUUACAAAUAUGUAAAUAUUUUUUUUCCGCAGGAAAUACAUCUGCUUUCUAUAUUGUGUCACAGUGGCUGGGUCUGUUGUCUUAUUU